UAGUGCAGCUAGCUGAAGCUGAUUGAUACGGAGCCAAGCAAGCACUUCAGAGAUGGAGAUACCUGUUCGGGCUUUGGGCCUGUUUGCAGUAUUUGGAGCUCUUUUAACGUUUUGCAGUCGAGGUGAAGCUCGAUUACUCCAGUGUUAUGACUGUACCAGUGAGGACCAUCUGGGCUGUAAAGACCCUUUCAAUGCCACAGACUCGCUGCAGGUGUGUGACAGACAGCACGACGCGUGCCUUAAAGUUGUGGCCACAAACACCAAAAUUGGAAAUGAUGGAACCAGACAUGAAGAUGCUCGUGUAAUAACUCGCCAGUGUGCCAGCAUUCCCACUGGUGGAUUUGCCAAACAGAACGAUUGUUACAAGACGGAGGCAUCCAAUGGUGGGUAUGUGGAACAGUGCUUUUGCGGUAGUGACGAAUGCAAUGGCACGAGGGAAAAUAAAUACUCCUUAGGCAUGCUGCUUGUCUGUGUGGUUGUGGCGGCCAUGCUACUGAGUAGGAGGUUUUAGUGGACCUCUGUUGACCGUCACACCAGAACCUCUGCUGAUGUUGCAGUGCUUCUCAGAGUGCAGAGAUAGAAAAGGUACCAACACUAAGAUAGUCCUCACACCAGCACACAUACUUGGACAGGUGGUUAGCUGAAAAAUGUAUUAGUGAAAUCAACUGUUGGUGCCAAAUUCAUAAUGAAUUGUUAAAUAUAGAUAUUUUUCGGUGAUUUUUACAAUACUUUUGGCAAAUCAUGUUAUUUUUGCAUUUGGUGUUUUGUUUAUAGUGUGCAUGUGCAAAUAGAUUUUUAGUUUGAAAAUUGAAAUUGUUCUAUAGCAUACCAGAAAUUUCUUUCAGUACAUUCAUUUGUUAUUUGAUAUGUUAUAUAUUUAUGUAAAACGUAUUCGCUUCAGCAUGGGGAUUUUUGCAAUAAACAUAUAAACCAG